AUUGACUAUAAAACAUUUUAUGGCAAUGGGAAAAUGUUUGGGGUUAUAAUUUUAAAUUUAAAUUGAACAAAGAAAAAAUAAACGAUGAAGAGGGUAGGGUUAGGUAAUAGAGUAAUAGGGGGUUUUAUUUGAAGGAAAGAAUCUGAGUUCUGGGAUUCAUUUGUGCAUUUGCAGAUAGAAGCCAUGGAUAGGCUUCUAUCAUCGUCUUCACCCCCUUCCCUUAAAUCUUUCAGGUCUCUUACGUUUCUCAGUCGAUUUCAAUCUGCAAGAUUAAGUUUUUCUCCAUUAACACGUUCUGACCUGAAGCAGGCAGCCACAAUUUGUUGCAAGCAUGGAAACCCAUCUCCAUUCUCGUCUUCUACUCCCUUUCUCGCUUCUUCCUUGCAGCCCAACAAUUUUCCAUCCGUUUCUUCAUCUCAAGAUCUCUCCACACCCGAAUCCCAUUCUCUCAAUCAGAUCCUAACUGGGCCUUUUCAAAAACCAACGGCAAUAACAGCUCGGACGCUUGUAAUACUCUCUGCUCUUGUUGUGAUCUUAAUCCAACCAGCCAUUGCACCAGCAGCUUUUGCAACCUUUCAAACUGCUGCCAAGACUGGUGGUCCUGCUGCUGCUGCAGUUGGUAGAAAACUACUCCGCACUGAGCUUCUAAGUAGUGCUUGGACUGGUUUCUUUGCUGGCUGCUUGCACACCUUAUCAGGCCCUGACCACCUUGCUGCUUUGGCUCCGCUGUCAAUUGGUCGUACUCGAAUGGAGAGUGCUGCUGUUGGAGCCCUUUGGGGUUGUGGCCAUGACGCUGGCCAGGUCAUCUUUGGCUUGAUAUUUUUAAUCCUGAAGGAUCGACUCCACAUUGAAAUUAUCCAAACUUGGGGCACUAGAGUGGUGGGUCUUACCCUGCUAAUAAUUGGUGUUAUGGGAAUUAGAGAAGCUUUGGAAGUGCCUGCCCCAUGUGUUGCCUUAGAAAGUGGUGAAUGUGACAUCAACACAUAUGAAUCACUUGAGAAUCCAAAAGUGGGAAAGAAGAAGAUUGGUUUUGCUACUUUCGCCACAGGGAUAGUUCAUGGACUGCAACCAGAUGCAUUGAUGAUGGUGUUGCCUGCCCUUGCUUUGCCUUCUCGUUUGGCUGGUGCUGCAUUUCUCAUCAUGUUCUUAAUUGGAACUGUAAUUGCAAUGGGAAGCUAUACGGUGUUUAUAGGUUCAUGUAGCCAGGCACUAAAGGAUAGAGUACCAAGGAUAACUGAGAAACUCACCUGGGCUUCUUCCCUUAUUGCAAUAGGCCUUGGAUUUGCUAUCAUUAUUAGCCAGUUUUUUGGAUUUAGUCUGUAUUAAAACAUCUUUAUUCAGCAGGGAACUUUUUUUUCUUCUUUACCAACAGCGUUUUGGGGUUUCAAAAAGUUAACACGUUAGAGAUAUUUGUUUCUUUGGAGCUAGUGCAUUAUCCAGGCAAGAUGUGAAAUUGAUAGUCGAUUAAUUGACCUUGCUUUUGAGAGUGUGUAACUGUACGCAAGCCCAAUGAUUCUGCGGUUCAGAACUGCAUAGCUCUUUUCUUUUUACUAGGUUCUCAAAAAGCUAUAUGUAUUAUGCCUUGACAGCCUUGGAGUUCACUGCUGUAUUUCAUUAAUAAGUGAGAAUCUUACAACAAAAACAGCACAGAAAAUUAGUCUGUAUUUAGGGUUGGAUUUGUAUACGUGAUGGAAAUGCAUGUCCUUUUGUUGCUAAUCAUAAUUUUUUGCACAGUAGUACUCAUUCUGUCAGCAAUUCAUCUGUAUCACAUGUUCCUUGCAUAUCUGUUUUACCUACUACCGUGUGUCCUGCAACUUCUAUAUACUGAUGCUUUUGAUGCCUUACAAAAUCCUUCAUCUCCUAUUAAUCGUCAGUCAUGUCUAUUUGAUACCACUGUCACUGUCCCUAAGCCUAGUGAUGCCAUCCCAGGCUGUUUCUCCUCAUUCUGCUGUAGUUACAAAUCGAGCUACUACUGCUAACACUCACUCUGUGGUGACUAUAAGCAAAGCGACUAUUUUUAAUUCAAAAGUAUAUACUGAAACUUCCAUUCCUCAGUCAAAGCACCGAAAGAAUGACACUAAACCAAAGUCUGCUCUUGCAUAACAACACAUGGACUCUCACUGCUCUACCACCUUAUAGAAAAUUUAACAGGUUCUAUGUGGAUCUUCAAGGUAAAAAGGAAUGUUGAUGGCACAAAAAACAGGUACAAGGUAUAUUAGGUUGCUAAGGGAUUUCAUCAGCUAGAGGGUUUUAUUUUUUCUGAAACUUCUAAUCAUGUCAAACCAACCAUGAUCUAAGUUAUACUCGUCAUUCCUCUCUCUAUCAGAUGACCUAUUCAUCAAGUUGACAUCGAUAAUACUUUUCUCAGUGGUGAUUUAUACGAGGAUUCCUUUAUGACUCAACCCUUGGGCUUUUAGAACAAGGAAAUGGACAUUUGUAAAUUGUAUCCAGAUUAAACAAAACUCUUUAUGGCCUCAAAUAGGUUCCAAGAGAUUGGUUU